AGAGCCGCCGCCACCCACCACCCCUCCCUAACCCCAAAGCGAGAAGAGAGAAACCCCAAUUCUCCCGAACCCCACCCUACUCCGUCACACCGCAGAAGAGAGAAACGCAACUCCAAAGCGAGAACUCGCGACCACAGGCCGCCACCGCCGCCGAAGCUAAUCGAAGCCGGCAGAGAGACGUGAGGAAGGAGACGGCGAAGAUGCCGACGCUGACCUGCAACGCGUGCAACGCGGCGUUCGAGGAGGAGGAGGAGCAGCGCCUCCACUACCGCUCCGAGUGGCACCGCUAUAACCUCAAGCGCAAGGUGGCUGGAGUUCCUGGUGUUACUGAGGCUCUGUUUAUGGCCAGACAGACUGCUUUAGCUGAGGGGACCAACUCUGCCAGUGCUCCAAUGUCUUACAGCUGCGCUCUUUGUGGAAAGGGGUACAGGAGUUCAAAAGCUCAUGCCCAGCAUCUUACCACACGAUCACAUCUCAUGAGAGCUUCUCAAGAGCCCAAUGCCUCCACUGCUGCAGUUGUCAAGCCACUUCCUGAGCGUGUUCCUCGCAGAGGCCCCUCUCCAAUGGAAGAAGAUGAAGAUGAAGAUGAGGAUGAGGAUGAGGAGGAAGAGUGGGUUGAAGUGGACCCAAGUGAGCUGGAGUCUACUUCAAACAUGCAAGUAGAUGAGCACUCCUCCAAAUCAGACAAUGAUAUGGAUGAGCUUGAAGUGUUGGAUCCCUCGUUCUGCUUCAUGUGUGAUCUCAAGCAUGACUCCAUAGAGGAUUGCAUGAUCCACAUGCACAAAAAGCAUGGUUUUUUCAUACCUGAUAGUGAAUACUUGAAAGAUCCCAAUGGUCUUCUUAUAUAUGUUGGACUCAAGGUGAAGCGUGAUUUUCUGUGUCUCUACUGCAACGACAGAUGUCAGCCUUUUCAAAGUCUAGAAGCUGUCAGGAAGCAUAUGGAUGCAAAAGGUCAUUGCAAAUUACGCUACGGAGAUGGUGGGGAUGAUGAAGAUGCUGACCUUGAGGAUUUCUACGAUUACAGCAGCAGCUAUGUUGAUGUGGAGGGUAAGCAGUUGGUUGCUGCAGAUGACGUGGAAAACAACAUUGAACUGGGAGGUGGUGGAUCUGAGCUUGUAAUAACAAAGAAGAGUGAGCAAGGCAAACGUGUGACAACUCUUGGUUCUCGAGAGUUCAUUCGCUACUACCGCCAGAAACCACGGCCUUCUGUUCCAGCAGAUCGUGCUCUUGCACUUUCCCUGGCUUCCAGCUACAAGAGCAUGGGUUUGGUGACAGUCCAGUCCAAGGAGCAAAUGGUAAGGCUGAAAGUGCUCCGGGCAAUGAACAAGAGUGGGGUGGAGACGAUGAGAACCAAGAUUGGGAUGAAGAGCAAUGUGAUCCGGAAUCUCCCCAAGAACGUCCCGUAUUAGUUGGUGCGAGUGUCUGCGGAGCCCCAGGGCAUGGGUGUGUUUUGUCCAUCUGCUCGUCGCAGCACAGCUUACAAUAUUUGGAAUAAUGGUGUGAUGGUGUCGUCCGUUGACAUAGACAGAGUUCCUCAUGUUAUUCGGGUCCAGUAGAACCUCUGAUGUGCCCUGUUUAUUUGGGCUUCAGCUUCAGCUUUGGUGCUUCUAGCUCUCUAAAAAGCACUUUUCUCGUUUACACAUGCCAGACGUGUUUCUCUUCAGAAGCUGCAGGAAGCACCUCCUCAGCUUCAUGUGUAAAAGGGAGAAGUGCUUUUUAGAGGGUUAGAAGCAACAAAAGCUGAAGCUGAAGCGCAAACAAAAAGGGUCUGAGUAUCGUGGGGAGACAAAAUUUUAUCUCAACAUACUGCUUGUUCAGUCUAAAGUGGUACCAUAUGCGCUGUUAACUUUUGUAUCUGAGACUUGUUAGCUUUUUUGUUGACAUAUUUUGAGAAGAGAAAACGAUAUGUUGAUACAAAA